CUUCCCAAACCUCAAAGCAGACAUCAGCCCGCGAUGUGGCCGUCAAUUCGAGCUGUGGCUGACUGUCGCCGCCGAGCCGUCGUUGAAAUCAUGCGUCUCGGAGACGGCAACUGAUCUGUACAAGCAUCAGCGCACUGCUUGGGUAGCCUUAUCUCGCCCGCAUCCAAUCAACGUCGCACGUGAGAUCAAAUAUCCACCCUAGCUUUGCUGCAGGUACUCCGGGCGGCGAAGAGCGACGACGGCUCCAGAGCUUCACCGGGGUCGUUUUCCACUCACCUGCCGCAUCUGGAAAGGAGCUUCCGACACAAUGUAGACUUUGGAAGAGAUUAAGUAUGUCCAGCUCCCGGGUUUGUGGGUAGGGUAGGUUCUCAAACAAUUGUUCAGGCGGUUGUGUCUCUCCUCGGUCAAUUUCAAGAUGCGCAGCACUUUCACAGCAGUCGGAGCAGCUCUGCUGGCCACCACGGCCAAUGCCCAGCUCUACCCUGGCUUGAGCAAGUUGAACCACACAUGCCAGCUCCAGAAGCCUCUGCUGUCAUGUCCCGCUCAGAACGCGUCUGAGGUCGACUCCUGCUGUGUCGAAACUUUCGGUGGUCUCGUACUCCAGACUCAGUUCUGGAGCACCUACACUGGCCUUGAGUCCCAGGGCCAGGUUCUGCCCAAGGACACUUUUUCGCUGCAUGGGUUGUGGCCUGACUUUUGCAAUGGCUCGUACACGCAAUACUGCGACCUAUCGCGCCAAUACGAUCCCAUCCCCUCGCCCAACACCACCAACGGCCUCAAGAACGGCACCGUCGUCCCUCCCUACACGGGCCCCAACAUCGGCACCUUCCUAGAGCCGUUCGGUCGCUACGACCUGCUCGAGUACAUGAACACGUACUGGAUUGCGCAGAACCAGGACAACCCCGGUUUCUGGGGCCACGAGUUCAGCAAGCACGCAACCUGCUUCAGCACCUUCAACACACCCUGCUACGGUCCGCAGUACCGGCAGCACGAGGAAGUGGUCGACUUCUUCGAGACGACGAUCAAGUACUACCAGCGCUUCCCGACGUUCAAGUGGCUCAAGGCCAAGAAGAUCGUCCCCAGCAACAGCACCACGUACUCGUACACGGACUUCCGCGACACGCUCGCGAAGAAGCACGGCGGCAUUCCGUUCAUUGGGUGCUCCGGGCCGCGAUUCAAUGCCACUGCUGCGGGCCAGAACACGACGGACAACGGCUACACGGUGCUGAGCGAGGUGUGGUACUACGAGCAUGUCUACGGGCGGCCGCAGGAGGGCAACACAGUGCCCGUCGACGCGAGCGCGACGUACCUGACCAACUGUGCGAAGACCAAGGGUGCUAUUCACUACUACCAGCGCACCGAGGGGUCGGAGAAGGUGCCCUCUGUGCCGUUUGCGGGUUAGAUUACGUGAGGGUGUCUGUAUCGUAUAGUCGAAAUACAACGCAUAAGAGUCAACAUUA